GGGGGCGGGGCCGAGAUGGUAACGGACGCGCCCAGGAGCCGCGCUGCAGGGAGGGCCAUACUGUGACCGCUGCCGCAGGCGCUUGCUCAGAGUAGCCCUGCGGCUCCGCUUCUGCCAUGAUGAUCCACGGCUUUCAGAGCAGCCACCAGGACUUCUCCUUCGGGCCUUGGAAGCUUACGGCGUCCAAGACUCACAUCAUGAAGUCUGCGGAUGUGGAAAAGUUAGCCGACGAGCUGCAUAUGCCAUCCCUCCCUGAAAUGAUGUUUGGAGACAACGUUCUAAGGAUCCAGCAUGGUUCUGGCUUCGGAAUAGAGUUCAAUGCUACGGAUGCCCUGAGAUGUGUGAACAACUACCAGGGCAUGCUCAAAGUAGCCUGUGCUGAAGAGUGGCAGGAAAGUAGGACGGAGGGUGAGCACUCCAAAGAAGUUAUUAAACCAUAUGACUGGACCUAUACAACAGAUUAUAAAGGAACGUUGCUUGGAGAAUCUCUUAAGUUAAAGGUUGUACCUACAACAGAUCAUAUAGAUACAGAAAAAUUGAAAGCCAGAGAACAGAUUAAAUUUUUUGAAGAAGUUCUCCUGUUUGAAGAUGAAUUACAUGAUCAUGGCGUUUCCAGCCUGAGUGUGAAAAUUAGAGUAAUGCCUUCCAGCUUUUUUCUGCUAUUGCGGUUUUUCCUGAGAAUUGAUGGGGUGCUCAUCAGAAUGAAUGACACAAGGCUUUAUCAUGAGGCUGACAAGACCUACAUGUUACGAGAAUAUACAUCCAGAGAGAGCAAAAUUGCUAAUUUAAUGCAUGUUCCACCUUCCCUCUUCACGGAACCUAAUGAAAUAUCACAAUAUUUACCAAUUAAGGAAGCAGUUUGUGAGAAGCUAGUAUUUCCAGAAAGAAUUGAUCCUAACCCCGUGGACUCAGAAAGUGCGCCCUCAGAAUAAAAUGUGAUACAGCACACUCUCCAUGUGGACCUGACUGGGUACCUUGGCUCUUUGUAGGGUGUUUUUAUUAUGAGAAUUGAUUUCCUUGCUUAUGCGCAGGUUUUCUGUAGCCUUAAAGGAAAAUAAAAGAUUGUUGCAGGCAGGUUCCACCCAACUCCUAUUUAUCCUGUCUGUAUCCUGUUCCUACUCCAGAGAGAUAUGCGCUCUGGAGCUUAAUUGGAUUCUUAAGUCAUCACAAAUUGUGACCUCAGCAGUGACGUGUCUGUCUCAGGAGGGGGACGUAAUCCACAUCCAUCCUGAAGCAUCGUCUUCUACCGUGAAGAGGCCGACUUGUAAAUGCCAUCACUGAGCCCGAGGCCUGUGACCCUCACAGGGUUCUGACUGCAUGCUGACUGCUGCUCUGGCUCCUGGCCGUGGGCUUUCUGGUGUUUAUUCGCACUUCUGGAGAGUUGUGACGUGUCACCUACAGAAUUAAUCUUGUAUUAUUCAUUAGUUGGAGUUUCUGGGCAACAUAUUGUGUGUGUUUGUACACACUUAUAUUUUUUAAAUCUUUUCAUUUAAAUGUCUUUGUCUCUGAGUAGUGUUAGAUUACUUAUUUUGAUAAUUCAUUGUUAAAUUGUGGAUAAUUAAAAUGAAAUAAUUGACUUUUUUUUUUAAAAAAAAGAGAGGUGGGCGGUGGGGAGGAAGAGUGUGCUUCUGAAGAUUGUAUUAGUGUAUUCCUGUGAGGAGUACCAAGGUGUGUCCUUGGCCAUUUCUAAAUAUGACAUAUGCCAUUUUAUAUUUAUUUGUCCAAGUGUCUUUUGUAAGAGGAGAAUAAAUAAUAAGGAAUUAUGUA